ACGCGGCCGCCAUAAGAUGAGGCCCAAUUAGAACUCUCCUCCCUCCCCCACAGCAGUGGUUGCGCAGCCAGUCAAGUGCCUCCCCGGAAACCCAAGGCUAAAACCCUAGAGCUCGCGGAGGGUUUUAUCGAGAUGGCGACGGCGGAGCAGAAGGGGAAGAGGCCGAGGAUCGAGGCGGAGGAGGGCGACCGCAUCGACGACGCCCUACUGCUCUCCAUCGAGAAGCUCCAGGAGAUCCAGGACGAGAUCGAGAGGGUUAACGAGGAAGCCAGUGAUAAAGUCUUGGAGGUGGAACAGAAGUACAAUGAAGUUCGCAGGCCAGUUUAUACUCGACGGAAUGAAAUUAUCAAGGAAAUUCCGGACUUCUGGUUGACUGCGUUUCUAAGCCAUCCUAUGCUUGGUGAACUUCUGACUGAAGAUGAUCAAAAGAUAUUCAAACACUUGGUGUCUAUCGAUGUGGAUGAGUUUCAAGAUAUUAAAUCAGGCUACUCCAUUACUCUUGCAUUCUCUUCUAAUCCAUAUUUUGAAGAUACAAAGCUUACGAAAACAUGUUCAUUCAGUGAUGAUGGGAAAAUAACUGUGAAGGCCACCACCAUCAAUUGGAAGGAUGGAAUGGAUAUUGCAAAUGGAAAGGCAUACACGGAGAAUGGGGAGAAACGACUAUUGAUUGAUGAGAGUUUCUUCACUUGGUUCAAUGAUGCAAAGAACAAAAGUUUUUCUGAUGGAGUGAUGGAUGAGGUGGCAGAUGUUAUCAAGGAAGAAUUGUGGCCUAAUCCUUUGAAGUAUUUUAACAAUGAGGCUGAAGAUGAAUUUGAAGAUGAUGAGGAUGAAGAGGGAUUUGAUGAAGACGACGAUGAUGAAGAUGAAGAAGAGGAGGAAGAUGAUGAGGAGUGAAACCCUCUUUCAUGCUGAAUUUCAAUUGGCUUCGACAACUCCCGUGCAUGUAGAGUGGAGAUCCCGGAUCUCCUGGGGACUGAAAAGCAAGGUGUCCCUUUUGUGGUGUUUUGUUGCUUGACUUAGCUGGAUCUGUAGGAUUGUAAGGUUGAUCUGUGGGAACUUGUUUUGAUCUGCUCAUACAUUUGGAGUCCUGCAGAUUCCAAUAUGUGGCACUUCAAGUAUAUUGUUAUUGUGGGAUGCAGUAGUGGUCUGUGUUUCCUGAGAUACAGUUGCUUUAACGACAGUUAGUCGACAAUAUUUAACUAACUUAUAUGGUAGUACAAAAUUCAUGGCGUAUUUCAGUUA